AUGGAAAACUCACAAGCUCCCACUGCAGCUCACGACGGAUACGGGUAUGGAUCAGAUUUGGAGACAGACCGUGAGGACUCAUAUCUAACAAUUCAUCAAAGUAGUGGCAAUGGAGAUCAGACUACGCCUCGUCCUGUUUUUGAGACGCUCAACUCGACACCCGAACCGAAUCCGCUACUCUCUGAAAACCAGGGUGACGACAAGAAAAAGGGCCCCUACUCUGACCUCCCCGAGCCUAUCGAGGUCAUCCCCGUUCAGCCGACCAGUGAUGCCCCUGAGAAGACGAGUGAGGCUCAAGAUUCAACCCAAGAGCCUGCAAACAAGCCAACUUUCACGCAGAACCCUUCUGCACCUGUUCUCACAACCUCAAUCGUGCCUAAGGACCCUACCACGGUGGCUGAGAAGCCCACCUCGGCUGAACAAUCAGACUACAAGCCUCCCAAGGAUACUGCUGUUGUCUCUGAGACUGCCCCAGUUACCAAAGAGAUUCCCACCUCUACAAAGGAGGCUCCAACAUCCGAGCCUGUCAACGAUGCUACGACAGUAGUGCUUGAGGUCCCUACAACCGAAGCAGCCCAGAAGCCAGAGAACACAGGCACCCAGAGCCUGUCCUCUACUCUUGACCUCGGUACAAUUCACCCUUCAGAUGGGGAGGAGACUAAGCCAAGCGCCGUUGAAGAGACCACGGCCCCUGAGGCGCCCUCUGCUCCCGCUACAACAGCUCCAGGAAACGAGCAACCUACCUCUGCUGUUGAAGAAGAGACAACUACCUUUGCGUACCAGCCGACUCCUACUGGUUACCUUACAACCAAGGCGCCUUCGGAUACAGCUUUCCCAGUAAAUCCUAAACACCCUACUCAAGUGUACCCCAAGCCUUCUACCACAUCUGAAGGCCCCAUGGAGGAGACUUCCACCCCCGAGACGGAGUCUCCUGCGGGUACAACUCGGAUCGUGUCUGUAGUUGAGCCUGAGGGACCCCAGUCCCAGACGACAUCUGAUGCACAAAGCCAGCCUGCUCCCACCUCUCAAGUUCACCAGUCUUAUGAUCCUGUGCAAAACCCUAGUGGUCAACAGCCUGAUACUCCAGCUGCUACUACCGCACCGGCUCAGCCUCAAAACCCUGUUCCUACUUCACAGCCUGCUCAGCCCCAGCCUGGUGUGCCGGCUUCAACUGCUCCCUCCCAGCCCCAGAAUCCAGUUCAUACUUCGGAGCCAACUCAAGCUCAGCCAGAGACCCCAGUUACAUCCCAGGUCCAACAGCCUGAGGCGCCCGCAGUCACUUCAGCAGUUCAGAAGCCAACAUCUGUCCCUUCGAAUGGCCAGCCCCAAUAUCCUGCACCUGACUCCAAUACUCAGCCUGCAGUUCCCGCUGCACCACCUACCAGCACCGUCCUUGUAUCUGACCCCUCAGCCCCUGAGACGACUUCAGCACCCAAGGUAGUCCCCUCGGGAACAUCAGCCAGCGGCGUUCCAACCAUCAACCCUGGUGUUCCCACAGGAACCAGUGCCAUUCCUGCUUCUGCGUACGCCAGCAAUGUCGUCGAUGCUCGCACAUACAACGAGGAAUUUGCCAAACUCACACCCGAGUCUUCGUGUAUGAAGGGCCAGGCUGCUUGUAUUAACGGACAAACCGGUGUAUGUGAUGAUACUGGCAAGUUCCAGCUCACACCUUGCAAUACCAAAGGCGAGAAGUGCUUCGCUCUUCCUCUGUACAACUUUGAGGGUGGCAUCAAGAUUGUUUGUGAAGAUCCUGCGACUGCUGCCAAGAUUCUUGGUGGAACUCCGAGCAGUGGUGAGGACAACACUGUUCCCGGAAAUGGAAAUGGAGGCAAGGAGCAGCCUGCAACUACAUCAACCGCCGAGAAGCCUGCGGUUCCCGUUGUUACUGUUACGACUAUAGUUACUGUCGAUGACGGCGCAACCCCUGAACCAACUGGAGAGCCUGCUACAGAUCAACCUUCUCAGCCUGCUCAACAGCCAUCGCAGCCAACUCAACCUGCCAAUGGACAAACUUCACAGCCUGGCUACCAGCAACCUUCGCAACCACAGCCUGUGCCUGAGCAGCCUACACAACCCGCCCCUGAACAGACAAGCCACCAGUCAGCUCCCGAGGAGCCUUCUCAACCUCAACCUUUGCCGGAGAAGUCCACUCAGCCUGUCGCUGAGCAACCUAGCCAGCCAGCCCAGACCCAGCCAGCCGAGGCACAGCCAUCCCAACCAUCAGAGGAGAAACCUAGUCAGACAAACCCCGCGGAGCCUUCCAACCCUCAGCCAACAAAGGCCUAUGAAGACCUUCCUCCCACUUCUGUCCCCGUCGCUGAACAAAGCACCACAUCUGUUCCUUUGCCUGGUGGCACAACUUUGACCAAGUCCAUCAAGAAGCCUGAUGAAGCCAAGCCCACAGGCUCACCAGACGAUGAUGAUAACAAUGGACAGGACGGCAACGACAAGGGCAAAGAUGGUCAUGAUGACGAUGAUAAGCCCACAUCUGUGGUCCUCAUCCCCAUUCCCGACAAGCCUACGGAUGCCCCGUCUCCAGCUGCUACAGAAGCAAAGGUCGACAACGAAGGCAGCAAAGAUGACAAGAAGCCCGCUGCUGUAACACGCACUGGCGACGAUGCUCACGCCACAACCAUUGUCGUCGAUGGGACUCCGACUGUAUCGGUCUACUUCACAGUGACAGUGACAGAAAAGGACCAGGCUACCGUCACCGUCACCGAGAAGGAGAAGGAGACUGUGACGCUGGUGAUAAGCGCAUAG